UUUCUCAAGCAGUUGGGUAUACAUCCGGACUGGCAAUUUGUAGAUGUCUAUGGUAUGGAACCGGAACUGCUUAGCAUGGUGCCAAGACCUGUAUGUGCAGUGCUUCUUCUCUUUCCAAUAACAGAAAAGUAUGAAACCUUCAGAACAGAAGAAGAAGAGAGAAUAAAAGCUAAGGGGCAAGAUGUCAAAUCAUCAGUGUAUUUCAUGAAGCAAACUAUCAACAAUGCCUGUGGGACAAUUGGGCUAAUUCAUGCUAUUGCCAACAACAGAGAGAAAAUGAACUUUGAAACCAAUUCAUCAUUGAAAAAGUUCCUAGAAGAUUCUUUAUCUAUGACUCCUGAAGAGAGGGCCAAAUAUCUAGAAACUUACGAAGCAAUUCGUGUCACUCAUGAAUCCAGUGCCCAUGAAGGUCAGACUGAGGCACCAAGUAUAGAUGAAAAAGUAGAUCUUCACUUUAUUGCAUUAGUUAACGUAGGUGGUCAUCUCUAUGAAUUGGAUGGACGCAAGCCAUUCCCAAUAAACCAUGGGGAAACUAGUGAUGAUUCUUUUUUAGAGGAUGCAAUAGAAGUUUGCAAGAAAUUCAUGGAACGUGACCCAGAAGAAUUAAGAUUUAAUGCAAUUGCACUGUCUGCAGCUUAAAAACUUUUCCACUUGGGCUGACCUAUUGCAAUGUGUUGUAACAAGAUAACUGUUGCCGUACGUUAAUAGUACAAGUUUUGAUACUUCCCUAACAUGUCCAUUAAUUGUAGCACAUGUGGAAUAAACUUUGCAUUUGUCCUUGAUACAACUUGCUGCUUGUUCCUGAAGCAAAUUCAUGUAUUUAUGUACACGCAUGCAUUCUGUGCAAGACUUCUGUGUGGCGGGGUUUUCUCCUUCUACCCCCUUAAUAGUUUUGGAAAUCAGUGCCUGUGAUAUUUCAUCAUCAUAAUGAUGAGCUAGUUCAGAGUGGGACUCUUGCUCAUACCAUUUUGCAUAUAAUAUUUUGAGUGGAAUAUGGGAUACUGGGCAAAAACUUGAAAUAUGAGGUUACUUGCAUCUUUUAAUUAAAAUAAUACAAUCAUACUAUAAGAACUUUUGCAGGUAGCUUAGAAGAUAAAGCCACUUUUUUUUUCAUUGAAUUAUUUAUAAAUACAUGGAAGAAAAAGAAAGCCAGAACUGUUUCUUCUUACUGGUGCUCAGGAAUAAUAUUUUUAAAAUUCUUAUACUUACAUUUUGAAGAACAUUAAUUUUGUUUUUCAAGCCUAAUGAUGUUAAAGCUUUUUAAUAAUUUAUUAGUUAAACCAGUGUAUGCGAUUUGUAUUUGUGGAAAAACAACAUGAAUUUUUACCUCAGAAAAACCAAGUAGUGAUUAAUGUGGUCACUAAUGGUAGGACUGCACAGGGAACACACGAGUGAAUAAACAAAACGAAGCAUCUCACCUAACUGAAAUAAAUGCUAGAAAAAGUCAUAA